AUGAAUAUCGGUGUUAACCUGCCUGCUGUUCCCAAAGUGGAGGUUCCUGAUGAAAACUACGCAGGCAGAAUUUAUAGAGGAGACUGGACAAAACUUCUUGCAAACAAGACACUCAUGAAUUCCCCAGCGGAGUUUCGAAAGACAAUCAACCAAUCACCAGCAGAAGUGAAGACAAAGUCGUUUUUCCCCGGAAUUCCCGACUCCACUUUUACCUUGCUUGGUGAAGUUCUAUUCUAUUUGCUAUUGGUUGUACUGUUGGUGCAUUAUGCUUACUGGGGAGUCACAGCUUACCUUGCAUAUCGCAAGACAAAGCUGCUUGACGAGGCUGAAGAUGUCACUGAGGUGAAAGAUUUGGAGAAUGCCUCUAAUUAUGAUGAUCGGAAAACUGGUGUCGAGUAUAUGGAGUAUCCUUCUCAGGACUCCUAUCAAUCAGAAGAGGACUUCUUCUCAGAUCCUGAAUCGAAAAAAAGCUGGACAUGGAGGGAGACAGUGUCUUUCACAGAACCAGUAGAAUACGAUAUUGAGAAAGGGAGGCUGACACGGAUGAAUAAAUAG